AUGCAACCGCUCCAACUACUAUAUAGUGUGUCGCUUAUUCUCGGAGUUUUGUGCUCCCAUCCACACUCACAUACGUUAUUCGAAAUCCGCCAGUUCGAAUCAUUCAUACCCCGACGCAUAGCUCAGGAUCUUAAACUGGGUGUUCGAAAGAACAGAUGGACAAAGCAUCCUGAUAACACAUUUGAAAGCUACUUUAUCCAAAGAGGGAAUAAAUCAGAUGAAUACAUCUGUUCGAUUCCUAGUGCAAGAAUCGAAUCGAUUGAGAAGAGGGAAUCUAAACAAACUACGGACACCUCGAACGAAAAGCUACUCUCGACAGCUGUGGAUAUUAUUAACCAGUCAUUCCCCAAAAAAGGUUGCCUAUAUACGUAUGACCUUCGAGGCCUUCAUUGGACUUAUGCAUACUGUUUUGCCGACAAAGUGAUCCAGUAUCACGAGCAAGUUCCUCCAAAGGAGAGACACUACAGACAUGUUGCAGCAUUCCCCAACGAGGUAUUUGUGUUGGGUCGGUUCUCAGAGCCUACCCUGAAAAACGUGGAAUUCAAAAACCAAGCCACUCCGAAGCAACGGGAAACCUACGAGAAACAUGGCAGGGAGUCCUUCACCCUUGCUGAAGACAAGGCAUCUCCGUUUAGACAUCACUCUGCCCAAAAAGUUGUUCUGCAAGUGUUAGAACACGGCUCUCAUUGCGAUCUCACCGAGAAAUUUCGUUCAGCACAAAUUGUCUAUAAAUGUGAUCCUGAAGCACAAGGAUUCUCUCAGCCCGAGAUAAUCGAUGUUCCGGAGUUGACAACAUGUCUGUAUAAGGUGGUGAUACAUGUCCCCGGACUUUGUGCUUUGGAGCAGUUUGCACCUCAUAGAAACGUCAAGGAAUCGCUGGUCGAUUUAUCAUGUCAAUUAGUUGACGAGGAAAGCAACGACGACAGUGUAGACAACUCGUUUUCAUUUGAGUCAUUCACAUCAAAUGUGAAGUUGAGAGACCAUGACAGCUUCCCAGUUAGAAGUGAUAACAAAAUCUCCGUCGACGAUCAUUCAUUAAUGUCAUUGGGUUAUGGGUUCUAUUUAGCGAAAAGCAAAACAGGCUACAGAUCAACAAGCGCAUUUUACAACAACAGGAAUGUUAUCAUAUACAAUGGAUUUGCAGAGCUGUUGAGUGACUUGGGUUACCAGUUAGGCCGCACACUCUACAAUGCUGUUGGCAAGACCCUACUCGCGCCUUACUUCGAAAAUGACGAACAAAAGCGACUUUUGUGGACAGAUUCCUUCACUAUCUGGCUUGAAGUCUAUGACUUCUUUGGCAAUUUCGUUGCUUUAAUCAGGACUGUGAGAGACGGUUCCUUACCUCAAGCCAGUCUUAUGUUACAGGUGAUCGACCCUGUUACUAUGAUUGAUAUCGAGGGAGAUCCACCCGAGGAUAUGGCUUUUGAUCUGACAAGGUACGAAGCCCCUCAUAAUCUCUGGAAUUAUCAGUACUUUAGAAGAGGGCGUGCUGCUGGUGAGAUCCCUGAUAAGAAUGGGAAGCCCGAUGCGGAGACUGUUACUUUGAAAGAAGUCUUGACAGUCACAGUCCCGCAAGAGGGUGAAUCAGAAGAAUCAGCAGUGUCAGAAGAUUCCACUGGAGCAGAUCAUCUAGUGGGUCUCUCCGAUGAUCAGGAACCGAUGGUAUUGAAUAUUGAUGAAGAAGAUAUAAAAGAGAUAAGAGGAGAUCCCGAGGAAGGGCCAAUUGAUGUUGUCGUGGAGGUUGAUGGCACUGAGCAAACUCUCAACGUUUAUUGGGAAUACUUCCUUAAAAAAUUGCUUCUGUUGGAUGACUCUGGAAACAGUGACUUUGACAAACACGAAGUGAUCAAAUGGGAUGAAUCUCCUUAUGCAGAUAUCAGAACAAGAGCAGCAUACAUAAGAGCGAUGGCGAAAUGUCCAGUGACAAAGAAACCCAUCAAUUAUGUGUGUCCCAUUUCAGGAAUUCCAACCCACCAUGAUCGCAAGGCUUGGGAAGAUGACAAGGAAUAUCACGAGCAGAAAAAGUUUGACCGUUUGAAGAAGGUCAAUCUAUACGAGCACGAUUUGAGAUCAGGGAGAAAGUUUGAUGAGUUCAUAUUUCCUGGUGCACAAGAGCGUGAUUUUACUGUCAGCAUGGAAAAUUGGGAUACUUUCUUUUACACCAGAGAUUUCAAUCCAAUGAAUACUGAGUUCAAUUUGGCGGCUGCAACCAAGGUCUUGACUUAUCCGAUUACCAUAGCUGCGAUUUUGCACAGAUUUUCACCAUACGCUUUGAGCCCUAAAGGUCCCGUGACGUUGGAGGGCUUGCGUUCAUUAGCUGCCUUGAGGUAUUCUUUGUACUCGCUGCCUGCGAAGAAGAGCAAGGAGGUCACUUUCAAGGAUAGACCAAUGAGAAUCUUUCUCGUGGGUGCUAAAAUGGAAGCCAUGUUACCAGGAUAUGUGUGGAAGCAAUUUGGAUACCUUUUUCCAGAGACCAAAUUUGAAAUUCACUUUAUCGGCCCCCAGUCAUACUUCGAUGUUGAGGCUAAAGCCUUCAUGCCUUCCAACAGACCCCACGGGAGACCAAUGGUCAGAAAACACGAUGAGCAGAUUACGCUCAUACAUCACACAAAAUAUUUCCACGAGGUCUACGACCAAGAUGUGUUUUUCCUUUUCCAUCCUGGAUUCAAGACCGCAGAUGAAAUUCACUGGGACAAAGCAUUGAAGGGUCUCUUGGAAUCCAAAUGUGCUGUGCAUGUUACUGGAUACCAUGACGUGGAUAUCGAGAGAGAGAUUGAUUGGUUGCAAAACCACAAGCUUCACGACGAAAUGGACAUUCUUAUGAACAAAACUGAUAACAUCUUUGGCUCUACGAAGAUCGACUUGGUAGACAUAAACCCUACCGAAUCAUUCCAGGCCAAUAACAAGCUUAUGGCCUUCAGAGGUAAAAGAUACCAUGCUAUCAGAGCUUAA